AAGUGGCUUUUUGGAUUUUAGGGUUCUUGGUGCGAUCUAGCUAUGGCGACGACGGAGGAGCAAUUCAAGAAGGCGGCCGAGGAUGCGCUCAAGCUGCCGCCGACGACGACCGACGCGGACAAGCUCAUCCUCUACGGGCUCUACAAGCAGGCGACGGUGGGCAACAACGAGACGAGUCGGCCGGGGAUGCUGGAUUUCAAGGGCAAGGCCAAAUGGGACGCCUGGAAGAAGUGCGAGGGCAAAUCUGCCGACGAUGCCAUGAAAGAUUACAUCGCCAAGGUGGAGCAGCUCAUGGAAGCAACCGCUUAGAUUGUGAUCCUGUCUGGGUUGUUUGGCAUGCCAGAUCUGGGAUAUUGAUUCACAAGACCAUGGUUUUUAAAUAUUGCAAGUCUAUAAUCACAUGCAAAUUAAAUGCAAAAGCUGGAUUGGAUAAAUUUCUACCUUC